AUCUGUUCGCUCACAACCGCGCGCAACCCUCCCGCGGCCACACGCUUGCCCGCCCGCCUCUGUCCUGCAUUGCUCCUUCCUCUGCUGCUCACUGGUGGCGGGCCACUAACUGCCUGCUCGCGUGGCGUCUGGGAACCUUGACCCUCGCCCCUGUUGUUGUGCGUGACGGCAGAAAGAAAUCACGCGGCAAAACAGGAUUAUUUGUGUGCUUUUUUAGAUUUAUUUGCAAAGACAUCAAAACACUAAGCGAAAAAAUACAAAAAAAACAUCGAAGUGUCUGUGUUUGGAAGAUGUAGUUGUUUUCGAACGGUGCAGGAACUUUAGGUAUGGUUGACGUGGGUAGGCUGGUAUUGUGCGGCACGUGCGGGUGAUGUGACGUAAGCUGGUGCUGUGUGGUUCGUAAUGAAAAGCGGAUAACACAGUAAUUGGUGCAACACGUGCUGACGGGAGUAGCAAGUGCGCAUUACAGUGCCAAGCGAACUUAAGCUGUGGCGCUGACCUGCUUUCUUCCACACUUCCGCACCAUCGAGUGAGUCAACGAACGCGGCGAGGCUUGUGUAGCUUUGUCUCGGGACGCUGGUGCACUCACAGCGGGGAACACUCCUGCGUACCGCGGCGCCGCUGCUCCAGGGUGACGUCUGGGCCCCGAUGCACGACCACAGGGGCGGGAGAAGAGACUGACGUGGAGGUGCAGCGAGUGACCUAAAAUGCAGCCACCAGACCCUCGCCGCCCUGCUAAUGACCCCGGCAGGAGGAGGAGCACCGCGCCCCCUAAGGUUGUGCCCUUAUGACCACAGGGACGAGGAUGCCCAAGAGAUUCGUGCCUCAAUAUGACGUCAAGAUCCGCGGCGGCAGACUCAUUACGGAAUGGCGCUUCGGGGCUCAUCCAACUGUGCAUGCCGUUUCCCCGAGCGGCGUGCCCUUGGUGCUGCGACAAAAGCCACAGAAUGGACUGGGCGCCAGGAUGGGCGUUGGGGACCUCGUUGCUCCCCCCGGAGGUGGCAACAGGGACGAUGGUAGGAAUCCUGGGAACUUUUCCGUCCUGCCGCCCAUCAAGGACUCCGGGAAGAGAAUCGAGAGCUUCUCUCUUUCUGAACUUGACGACAUUUCCCUCAAGAAUGAGGUCCUAAGGAACAUGAAGGAGAUGUCUGACCGCGGACUGCAGGGGUUGCUGGCCAAUCUGAGGGCGCAGGACAGGGACAGAGACGGGGUCUUGUCUACAGAUAUAGUUAAAGGAACACUGAAAAAAUUUCAGCUGAAGCUCAGUGAGGAGGGCAUGAAAAACCUGUGCAAGAAAUUUGGCGAGGCGGGGAUCCACGUGACCAUGGUGCGUUACGAAGACAUGAUCAACUACCUGGCCAAAUCCAGGAUGGAGGCCCUUAGAGCUCCGCCGCCCAUGCCAGGCCAAAGGGUCGAAAAUUCAGGGGAGUCUGAGCCCAAGGCACAACCCAUGCCGCCUAAACAGCAACACCCCCGGAAGGUGAACUUGAGGAACAGGGUUCUUUUCAGCGAUAAGGACGAGGCCAAGCUGAUCGCCGACAUGGACCGUCAGCUGUCCGGGAAGCCGGUGAACAUGGCUGAUCUGCGCAGGACCAUGUAUGACUUGGACCGUGAUCGCAACGACUUCCUCAGCGGGCAGCAAGUAGAGGUUGCUUUCUCUAAAUGCGGGGUGUACCUGACGCCAGACGUGCGGGCCCGCCUGCUGCUGGCCACGGACCGCACGGGCGCAGGCAUGUACAAGAUCGAGACGUUGAUGGACUACCUGACGCGGGUGAAGCCGGAGACGCACUACACAGUCGAGCUUGGCAACAGCCACAGGCCACGCCAGGCGAGGGUGGGUCGGCAUCCUAUAUACCAGAACCAGCUGAUGCUGAAUGCCCCCUGGGAACUAACGCAACAACAGGAAACCAACACUCAGGGGGAACUUCCUGACGAGGGUUUCAGCGAGGAGCAGCAGCAGCAGCAGCGACAACGAUUACAGCAACUACAGGAAAUACAGCCUCUCGCCCCACCCCCGCCAGAAGUGCCCGAGGAGACGGAGCUUCCCUUCGACGUGCAAAAAUGGAGCAGCGAUUACCAAUACCUGGCUCAAGCUGUCUACCAGGCCGACCACGACCAGUCAGGUUAUAUGCCAGCAGAAGAGGUGCAGCACAUCUCCUCCACCUACAAUCUGGUGUACAACCUUCAAAUAUCAGAACAGACGUUGCUCACUGCCCUCAACACUGCCACUGAUGUGAACUAUGGCGAGGUCAAUUUGGAGUAUUUCAUUGCCUCUCUUCAGGACCUGCACUUCCGAGAGAGUGGCGCCUGCUGACCUGAAUCAACACAACAGCAUCUUGUCCAGUCACUGUGUGGCUUUAUUGAUCUGUUCUUAUUGUUACUCAUUUAUUUUCUUUGAAUUUUUAAGUUUCUGUUGGAAGCAUUUUUUUUUUUAGCUGGCAACACACAAACAAAACGGGCAAACGAACAGACUUACCAGAAUAUACUGUAUAUCCAAUUAUACUUAUUUUGUGUAGAUCAUACUAUAUUUUAUCAGGCAUUAAUUGCUAUGCUAAUUGUAACGAGGAUGCUUCACAGAUCAUUAACAAGUGGAUAUUCUUAUUCUCUGAUGUAAUGGUAUUCAUCAAGCAAUUGUAGCAUUACUUUCCCAACCAUUAAGUAAUAGUAAUUAUUUCAUGCAUUUUGUUGCAUGCCAUAAAGUGCGAGGGACCAAUGUAAAUGUCGCCUUAAUAACUACUUAGUGUGUACAUGUUGUGUACAAUUAUGCAGUUCCAUGUUGUUUGGGGAUGAAAUCAACACUUAACUGUUUUAAUUCAAUAUUUGUUUCAAUGCAUUAUAAUCGCAGGUAAGGGUAAAUCCUUUCUGUUGUCAAAUCAAGCUAACUUUAAUUUCCAAGACAUUAAUGUAUAAUAGUUGUUGAUAUUACUUCAGAGGUGUAAACCUUUCAAAAAUUAAUAAAAAAUGUGUUUUGA